AUAAAAUAAAAGUUCUCUGCUGUGUCUGUUUUCCCAAAACAUUAUAGAAGUGGAGUGUUUAUCUUUGAUUCUUCAUAAAAGAAUACAUUUUCUUUAUUUCAGUGGAUGUAAGUAUAAUAGAGGGCAACAUGGGGUGGCUCUGUCCCAUCAGAGAGAUGCACAUAACCAACUGGCAGUGCACAAAUUGCGCAAAGAUACAUUAUGUGGCCAAACAUUUGUGGAUAUCUGACCACCACACCCAUAUAUGAGUGUUGCCACACAAGUUGGAAGCCCACAACUGUAAGAAAUCUUUGAAUGCUUUAUUAUAAUUUCCCUUGCCUGGAAUUAAGCAGCAUAGCCCAAACCUGUUCCAGGAUGACAGUGUCCCUGUGUACAAAAGCAGUUCCAUGAAGACAUGCUCCAAAAUUUAGUGGAAAGCCUUUGCAGAGGAGUAGCAGUUAUUAGAACAGUACAGGGACUAAAUCUGGAAUGGGAUGUUCAAAAAGCACAUAUGGGUGUGGUUGUCCAUAUAGUGUAUAGCCUAUGUAUCCUAUUUAUCUUUUUAUAGCCUGUAUAUCUAACUCAGGAAUGUGUAAGUUAUACAAAGGAAAACAAACCAAUUUGAAGUACUGACAUCACUGUUGCUAGGCAGGAGUCUGUCUGUUGGAAUGAUUAUUAAAGAGUUCUUUUCUCCACCAUUUUACUCAUUUGUUACUCAUACCUUGUUAUAGAUCCACUACCCAACUGCCACUCCCAUUCAGUUCCCUUUUCAUUAUUCUUUUUACACUUUACAUCUCAGAUAUUACAUUAUGAAGCUCUAAUGUAUCCCACACAGUGUUUACACCAGUGAAUAAAGACAGUGAAUGGAGACGGGAAAAUGCAAGUCGGCUCCCGGUUAAGACCCACCCGGCGGUGACGUCACCGCACACAUCUCUUUCCGGUGGAUGCUCGCUGGUGGUCCUGCAUCGCCGGAUGGUGUGCAUCUUUCCUCCACACCGUUCAUCAGUAAUGGACAAAACAGGAUGCUGAAACGCUGAGGGUAAUGGGCGAUGGGCGACGUCUGAUCACUAGCACACGACGCCAUGAAUUCCGCCACUGGCGGCGCUGCCGAUCCGCGCCAGGCAGACAAUAGUAUCGUGAAGCAGCAGCAACGGGCGCCCUCACCGGCCAGAUUUAAAGACGCGACAUCGAAAACGCCCUCGAAAAGCGCCUCAGCUAAACCUGCUUCAGCAAAACAAGGUGGUAAAAACAGUCGAAGCAGUUCUCCAGUGGCCGCCAGCGCGGGGAAAGACAAACAGACGGCGAAAGGCUCGGGCGCUGUCCACCCAAGUGGUGCUGAAAGUCCCACCACCAGGCGCUCGGAGAAGGCCAAGAAGAUAGAGGAGCGCCAUAGCUCUACGGAAGACGCGGACGAUCCUCCUUUAAAGGGCGAUCGUGUGGUGUCCGAUCAGCCGAGCUCUUCGAAAUCCUCCCAGAGCAAAGCGAAGAAUCAGAGAACAAAAGACGGGGCCGCGAGCUGCGCUAAACAAACGGCUAACAACACCGUGGGAUGCGGGCCUGGCUUCUGGAGGGAAGGGUGCUUACAGUCUGAGUUAAUACAGUUCCACAUGAAUAAGAGCUUGAAGAAAGAAGGGGCCAUGCACGCAAAGGCGGCCAGUUCGCCCGGAAACGGCAUGGAGCUCUCACCCGAGGCGCCCCUCAGGCCUAUCGAGUCUCAUGUCGAGCGAGAUUUACGAGAGGAAAUCGAGAGACUGAAUGAUGAAAACGAUAAUCUUAAGCAUGAAAUCGAAGAAAUGCGGGCGGAGAUGGAGGAGAUGAGAGACACGUUUUACGAGGAAGACGCGUGCCAGCUGCAGGAUAUGCGGCGCGAGCUCGUUAGAGCCAAUAAGAACUGCAGGAUCCUCCAGUACCGCGUGCGGAAGGCGGAACGGAAGCGACUGCGGUACGCAGAGACUGGGGAGAUCGACGGGGAGUUAGUGCGGAGUCUGGAACAAGAUUUAAAGGUGGCAAAAGAUGUGUCUGUGAGAUUGCAUAAUGAACUGGAAAAUGUGGAAGAGAAAAGAGCAAAAACAGAGGAGGAGAAUGAAAGACUGAGGCAGCAGUUGAUUGAAGUGGAGGUGACUAAGCAAGCUUUACAGAACGAGCUGGAGAAAUCGGCAUCUCUGAAACGAAGAGGUAAGGAUGCACAGAAAUCAGAAAAGAGGACUCCACAGACCCCAACAGAGGAGGAAAAUGAUGACCUAAAAUGCCAGCUGGCCCUCAUUAAAGAAGAAGCUGUACUGAUGAGGAAGAAGAUGGCAAAGAUUGACAAAGAGAAGGACCGGCUGGAGCAGGAACUACAAAAGUACCGUUCUUUCUAUGGUGAUGUCGACAGUCCCCUCCCUAAGGGUGAGGCUGGUGGUCCCCCUACCACGCGUGAGUCUGAGCUGAAGCUGCGUCUCCGCCUGGUAGAGGAGGAGGCCAACAUCUUGGGUCGCAAGAUUGUGGAGUUGGAGGUGGAGAACCGUGGUCUGAAGGCAGAGCUUGAUGACCUGCGAGGAGAGGAACUGGCAGGAGGCACAGCAGACCCCUCAACACGGGAACAAAGCAAGGUGUUUUCUGAGAUGCGGCAGCAACUGCAGCUGGUGGAGGAUGAGGCUGAGCUGCUGCGCCGCAACCUGGCCGACAUGGAAGAACAGAACAAAAGGGUAACAGCAGAGCUUAACAAGCUGAAGUAUAAGGCUGGCUCACAUGAGGGUUCCCGUCAUGGUAGUGCAGGGGGGGAUGGGUCCAAGGCUGAGGCUCUGCAGGAAGAGCUAAAAGCUGCUAGGCUACAGAUCAAUGAGCUGAGUGGGAAAGUAAUGCAGCUGCAGUACGAAAAUCGCAUACUGCUGUCCAACAUGCAGCGCUACGACCUGGCCUCACACCUAGGCAUCCGGCCCAGCCCUCGAGACAGCGACGCCGAAAGUGAUGGAGGCCGCAGAGAAAGUGAUGAUGACUCUUCACGACUCCCACCACAUCGCAAGCGCGAGGGCCCCAUCGGUGGUGAGAGCGACUCUGAAGAAGUACGCAAUAUCCGAUGCCUUACUCCCACUCGCUCUCUAUACUCUCCCGAGAGCCGUUUUUUAUCCCGAAGUCUCAAGGACCGGCAGCAGAUGAUUGAUAUUCGAAUGGAGGCUGAACGUCUGAGCCGGACCAUUGACAGACUGAUCGCUGAUACAAGCACCAUAAUUGCCGAAGCACGAGUCUAUGUGACGAAUGGUGAGCUGUUCGGCCGUAUGGAUGAGGAUGAUGAUGGAAGCCGAAUACGUGAGCAUGAGCUUCUGUACCGCAUUAAUGCGCAGAUGAAAUCCUUCAGGAAGGAUCUCCAGAGUUUUAUUGACCGUUUAGAUGUUCCCAAACCAGAAGAUCAUGAAACCGAAGAGCCUCUCUCUAUGUUUCAGCCUAUCAUUUUGCUUAUCCUCAUUCUUGUUUUAUUCUCAUCUCUGUCAUAUGCCACUAUAUUCAAAUUGGUCUUUCUUUUCACUCUUUUCUUUGUUCUAUAAACCCCUCUUCUUUUUCUUUGCAGCCAU